AUGUCUGCCCCGAACCAACAAUCGGGUGGAGCGCCCGCGGCAGGCGGCGGUGCGGCUCAAGGAGGAAAGGCCCCGACGAACGGAACGGCUCCUGCCCUUCAAGGGGCGGGGGCUACCAAACCAAACGACGCGGCGGUUGAGAAUGUUUUACUGUCAAGCUAUCUGUACUAUGUUAUCGGCUCCGUCGCUCUGGUACUGAUUGUUUGGAGGAUAUCAACUUGGAUCGUUCGAUACACGAGGCAGGUGUCGAGUCUCAACAAUGAGACGCAACGGUACUUUGCGAAGGAGAACAGCAAGUGGAUGUGGUUCAAGAGGGAAUUGCAAUAUGCACCCAUCUUCAGGAAACGACACAACCGCGAGAUCCAGAUCAGUUCGGCCAUCAACGUUGGUACCCUGCCUUCGCGUCUUCAACUUGUCUUGCUCGCCGGGUACUGUGCCACCAACAUCCUAUUUUGCGUCUGGAAGAUCCCGCUGCACAAGAACUUCGACUCAGUAGCCAGCCAGCUUCGCAACCGCACUGGCGUCUUGUCUGUCGUCAACAUGGUUCCCCUUUUCCUCAUGGCCGCCCGCAAUAACCCGCUCAUCCCCCUCCUGGGCAUUUCCUUCGACACCAUGAACCUGAUGCACAGGUGGUUGGGCCGCAUUGUGGUCACCGAGGCUAUCAUUCACACCGUCGCCUUCAUGGUUCCCAAAGGUACCGCCGGCUUGUCUGCCGGCCAGAUCUUUGAGAAGGCCUUUUCGUCGCCAUUCCUGAUGCCCGGCAUGCUUGGAACCAUUGCUUUUACUUUCAUCCUCUUUCAGGCUUCCAGCCCUGCAAGGCACGCGUUUUAUGAGACGUUCAAGAUUCUCCACAUCCUGGCUGCUGGAGUGUCGGUUGCUGGAGUGUGGUACCACUUGGCACUCGAGCCCCUUCCCCAGCUGCCUUAUAUCUACGGCGUCGUCGCGAUCUGGGCUGCCGAUCGCGGUGCCCGCAUGCUCCGUGUCGCCUACGGCAACUUUGGAUCCGGUGGCAGCAAAACCCUCGUGGAGGCCCUGCCUGAUAACGCCGUCAGGGUCACCGUCAACAUGGCUCGCCCCUGGAAGUUCAAGCCGGGUCAGCAUGCUUACCUCUACUUCCCUACAAUCAGCUGGACCCAGUCCCACCCAUUUUCGGUUGCCUGGUCCGAGGAAGGCGAGCGGCCCGACGGUGAAAAGGGUCUGGCCAUGAGCAGGCAAGAUGUGGCCGCGACACGCAAGACGAGCAUUUCGUAUGUCAUCCGGGCCCGUACUGGUGCCACGGCGGCGCUAUACAAGAAGGCGGCUGCCAACCCGGGCGGGCGCCUGCUCACAACGUGUUGGGCCGAGGGUCCCUAUGGCGGCAUGCACAGCAUGGCGUCGUAUGGUACCGCCAUGCUCUUCGCCGGUGGUGUGGGUAUCACACAGGCGGUGCCGCACGUGCGCGAACUCGUAGCUGGUUUUGCCGAUGGCACCGUUGCCGCACGCAAGGUCGUCCUUGUCUGGAUCAUCCAGUCCCCCGAGCAUCUUGAGUGGAUCAGGCCGUGGAUGACGGACAUCUUGGCCAUGGAGCGCCGUCGCGAAGUCCUUCGCAUAAUGCUUUUUGUGUCCCGGCCGCGCUCCACCAAGGAGAUCCACUCGCCGUCGGCAACGGUCCAAAUGUUCCCCGGCAGGCCCAACAUCGAAACACUUCUGUCUAUGGAGAUGGAGAACCAAGUCGGCACGGUCGGUGUCUCGGUGUGCGGGCCCGGUGCCCUCAGCGACGAGGUGCGUUGCGCCGUGCGUAAGAGGCAAGAAUUUGGCGCCAUUGACUUCUGUGAGGAGGCUUUCUCCUGGUAA